UUUAUGAAAAAAUAAAACAAAAUUACAAGGAGAUGAUUUGUUCUUCUAGCUUACGCGUGUCCGGUUCCGGCAGCGGCACCAGAAACAGUCCAUCUCCACCGGCGAUUUCUGAUAAUUCCGAUGAUUCUCAGUCGCAGGUACGAAGGAUUAAAGCCAGCCCUCAGCUAAACCGGUGGUCCAGAGCUCGAAGCAUCCGGUCCGGCAGGAAACUAGACCGGUCCGCUGUCAGCACUGAAUUACGCGACAAGUCUGGUUCACCGGUUCGAAGUGAACCGGAAAUUGAAUUGCCUAAAGGUGAUAGCAGGUCCUGGUCGUCAGACGAUGAAAAGGAGGUUAAUGGUGGAAAACCGAUAUUUAUGGUGUCUGAUGGAACUGGAUGGACGGCGGAGCACGCCGUUAACGCAGCUUUAGGUCAAUUUGAUUAUUGCUUAGUCGAUCGUGUUUGCCCUGUGAAUACUCACUUGUUCUCUGGGAUUGAUGAUGUUGAAAAAUUAAUGGAGAUAGUGAAGCAAGCAGCCAAAGAAGGGGCAAUGGUUGUCUAUACUUUAGCUGAGCCUUCCAUGGCUCAAUUUGCCAAACAAGCAUGUCAACACUGGGGUGUAGCAUCUAGUGAUAUACUCGGGCCAAUUACAGAGGCAAUUGCUGGCCAUCUUGGUGUUUCACCUUCUGGCCUUUCUCGUUGGGCUCCUGAGAGGCAGAAAUCUCCUCUCAGCGAGGAAUACUUCAGGAGGAUUGAAGCAAUUGAAUUUACCAUAAAGCAAGAUGAUGGUGCCUUGCCGCGAAACCUGCAUAUGGCGGAUAUAGUUCUAACUGGUGUUUCACGAAGUGGGAAGACACCGCUAUCCAUUUAUCUAGCACAGAAAGGAUAUAAAGUAGCUAAUGUCCCCAUUGUCAUGAAUAUAGACUUACCAAGUACACUGUUUGAAGUUAACCCGGAAAAGGUUUUUGCUUUGACAAUAAAUCCCGUUGUUCUGCAAUCCAUCAGAAGAGCAAGAGCUAAGACUCUGGGUAUGGACGGAGAACUGAAGACCAACUAUUGUGACAUGGAUUACGUGAAAGAAGAAUUGGAAUACGCAGGCAAAAUUUUUGCGCAAAACCCUGUCUGGCCAGUGAUAGUUACGUCUAAAGCUAUUGAAGAAACAGCUGUUAUUGUUCUGAGACUUUACCAUGACAGAAAGAAUAGAUGUUCAAUGCCAAGAAUUUCCAAACGCUAUUAAACUGUGGUUCUCAAGCAUUGAUGUAUCAGAUCUCAAAGACAAUACUUGAAAUCCAAGACAUCUUCUUUGUGCUGGCAGAGUGCCAGAGCAAUAAACGUACUGCGGUUGCAACCUAUGUAUAGCAGGUGUUGGUACAUUUUGUUUGAUAUUGUAUAAUACUCUAUGUAGUUUGCACACAUAAUAGGUAAUGUCAACUCUUACUGUAUCUCAAAUAAUUAUUGCAACGAUAUCAACUUUGAAUAUAGCUAAUGUUGUUGCAUCUCCCGUA